AUGGGGAUGCUCAGCCUGCCCGGCUUUCUGUCCUGCGGGAAGAAGAAGGACGUCAGUUUCACUUAUGAUGGAGAUACCAGUUGCACCGAUGAGAACUUGGAGCGUGGCAACUGGGCAAACAAAGCCGAAUACCUGCUGUCUAUGGUGGGCUAUGCCGUGGGCCUGGGCAACGUCUGGCGCUUUCCCUACCUUGCCUACCAGAAUGGAGGAGGUGCUUUUCUAAUCCCCUACACCGUCAUGCUGGCGUUAGCUGGCUUGCCCUUAUUUUUCAUGGAAUGUUCCAUUGGGCAGUUUGCCAGUCAAGGGCCAAUUUCCGUCUGGAGAAUGCUACCAUUGUUUCAAGGAGUGGGCAUCACAAUGGUCAUCCUCUCAACAUUUGUGACUAUCUACUACAAUGUUAUCAUUUCUUAUGCACUCUACUAUUUAUUUGCCUCAUUUCAAAAAGUGCUGCCGUGGUCAGAUUGCUUUUCCUGGGCAGAUGAACUCUGCAGCAAGACAAAAAUAGUAAAUGACUGCAACACAACCUACAAUGGGAAUAUCAUUCAUGCAAACUACUCCUUCCUCACGGCCAACAAUCUCUCAUGUAUAAAUGGCACCAUAACCUACAAACCAGUGCAAUUUCCUACUGAGCAAUACUGGAACAAAGUGGCUCUGCAGCGCUCGAGUGGGCUGGACGAGACCGGCAGGGUCGUCUGGUACCUGGCUCUCUGCCUCCUCCUCGCCUGGAUCAUUGUUGCAGGUGCCCUGUACAAAGGAAUCAAAUCUUCUGGAAAGGUUGUCUACUUUACUGCACUCUUCCCAUAUGUCAUCCUGUUUGUCCUAUUGGUGCGAGGUGCCACCCUGGAAGGUGCUUUGGAUGGCAUCGAGUACUACAUUGGGAGAGAGUCCAACAUCACCAAGCUGAUGGAAGCAGAGGUUUGGAAAGAUGCAGCCACCCAGAUAUUUUUCUCCCUUUCUACGGCGUGGGGCGGGCUUGUUGCUUUGUCUUCAUACAACAAGUUCCACAACAACUGCUACUCAGAUGCCAUUCUAGUUUGUGUGAUCAACUGUGCCACCAGUGUAUUUGCUGGGUUUGCAAUAUUCUCCAUCCUGGGACACAUGGCAUUUGUGUCCCAGAGGCCUGUCUCAGAGGUGGUGGACUCAGGGUUUGAACUGGCCUUUGUAGCCUACCCAGAGGCUCUCUCCCAGUUACCAGUUUCUCCUCUGUGGUCCUUCAUGUUUUUCUUCAUGCUUGUGCUUUUGGGCCUUGACUCCCAGUUUGCCAGCAUAGAAACAAUUACAACCAGCAUUCACGAUAUAAAUCCCAGCAUGAUGAAAAAAUUAAGAGGACCUAUAACUGUGGGUGUGUGUGCAGUAUUGUUUUUAUUUGGGCUUGUCUGUGUUACUCAGGCAGGCAUUUACUGGGUUAACCUAAUAGAUCACUUCUGUGCUGGAUGGGGACUCCUCAUUACAGCUUCCCUGGAGAUAAUAGGCAUCGCCUACAUUUAUGGAGGAAAAAGGUUCAUUGAAGACAUUGAAAUGAUGAUUGGGAAGAAGACCAAUUCAUUCUGGCUGUGGUGGAAAAUAUGCUGGUUUUUCAUCACUCCUGUGCUGUUAAUAGCUGUUUUGAUCUGGUCUUUGACCACAUUUUCAAAUCCCACUUAUGGCUCAGUGAAAUACCCAGCCUGGGGAAACAUUCUUGGCUGGUGCAUGAUCAUCUUCAGCAUCAUCUGGAUUCCUAUUGUUGCUAUUGUAAAAAUACUUAAAGCUGAAGGAAACCUUAUUGAGCGCCUUGUCAGCUGCUGCCGGCCUGCAGCAAACUGGGGCCCCUACCUGGAGUGUCACCGAGGGGAGCGGUACAGCCACAUGGUGGACCCCAAGAACAAGGAGAACGAGAUUCCCACUGUGUCUGCCAUUGUAUACAAGCGACGUUGA